AGAGCAGCAGCUUGGUUUUCUUCCACAUUUAGAGCGCCACUCCCAAUGGAAGCUUUUUACAUUUUCCAAAAUCUCUCUCUAAUCUCUAUAUCUCUCUCUCUCUCGUGUUCUCAUGCAGAAAAAAAGCAAUGUAGAGCACACACCCCCAGGGAAUCACCAGUCAAUUCUCCCCAUUGUAUUUUUCUGCCAUCACUCUGCCCCACAAUCUCUCUCUCCCCCUUUUUUCCCCUCUUAUUCCUCACUCACCCCACCACUCUCUUCUCUGAUCAUCAUUACUCUCCCUACCUCCCUCCCUCCCUCCCGCCGGAAAACCCCCGAUUCCCCUCGCCGGAAUCGCAUUUCUUCCCGAUGCCAUGCCGGGAUUGAUCCAUCACUUCAAUUGACUCCCCUUCUUUGCUCUCUUCUCUGUAUAUAUGCUUUUACAGGCUGCGCCGCCGCUUUCCCCCCUUUUCUCAGCUCAUGCUUCUGCUCCCCGCCGCGCCGUUUAGUUUCUCCAUUUGGAACUGAUGGGUGUUCUUUUGAGUUGCUGUUACAGCUAAACUGGAGUAUAAUAAUAUUGUUGCCAGGCUUCUCUUCUCUGCAACAACUUUAAGCAGCCAUGAAGAGGAGAAGCAUACAUCAGAAUGAGCAUCCUUUCGAUGUGUAUCCUUUUGAGGCGUUCCGGAAUGGAUCGUGGCAACCUGUGGAGCGAAUAAGAAUUCAGAAUGGAACGUUUGGUAUGCAUGUUUUGGACGAGGGGGACUUGAUUGAAGAGGAGAUUUCGAUAUCAAAUGUUCGAAUAAGGUCAAGAAAUGCUACUUCUUCAGAUUGUGCUUGCUUUCUAAGACCCGGACUUGACAUAUCUGUGUUCUCGACCCCUCACCAAUCAGAGGAUUCGGAUGAAGAGAACAAUGAAGACGAGAAAAUGGAACCCGAACCUGCUUGGAUUGAUGCGAAAAUAAGGUCGAUAGAAAGGAAGCCACACGGUUUUGGGUGUGUUUGCCAGUUCCACAUUAGUGUUUAUGUCACACAAGGCCCUCCCCCGAUUGUAAAGAAAACUCUUAGCAAAGAGAUCAAAGUGGUGCAGCUAAACCAGAUUGCGAUUCUUCAAAAAAUCGAACAAAAGCCUUGUGAGGACAAAUAUUAUCGGUGGAGCUUAUCUGAUGACUGCAGCACCCUGCAGAAGUUCAAGCUGUUCACGGGGAAGUUUUGCUCGGAUCUCAGCUGGAUGCUCGUGGCAUCAGCUCAUAAGCAAGUGGGAUUCGAUGUUAAGUCGGUCCAUAACCGGAUUGUGUACGAAAUCCUGAAAGAUGAGAACGACAUCGAUGCACCAAACUCCGAGUACCAUUCCUAUGCUGUGAGUUUCAAAUUGGAAAACGAAGUUUCCACCCCGAUUAUCAUACAGUUCAACCCGGAUAUCCCCGAAAGGGGACCCGAGGGGGAUGUUUAUGAAGCUGGACCGCUCGUUGUGUAUGAUGAGCUUCGUAGGUCGAAGCGUAGGUUUGUGCAGCCCGAACGCUACCUGGGAUGUGAUGACUAUUUGACAGAAUUCGAUGUCGAAAUGACUCGACUCGUGGGGGGGAAGAUGUAUAAAUCAGAGCUCGAAGAGUUGCCAAUGGCACUCUCGAUUCAAGCGGAUCAUGCAUAUCAGAACGGCGAUAUUGAUAACAAAACUCUCGCUUGUUACCAGCAAGAGUUGCGUGAUAACUCGCUUUUGAGCAGAAACCGGAAUAGUAGUAAAUCAGAUACAAACAGAAAACGUGUCAGUGGAGACAAAGCACACCUCGCCAUUGUUCCUCUGCAGCUAUCUGCCGAGAACAAUUUGUUCGACCAAAAGGAAAAUCCACUUAGUUUCGAGGAUAACGAGGAUCUGUCAGCUGAGAUACGCGAAAUAGUGUCCAAAUACAUUUAUGUAAAUGGUUCUUCAGCUGUGGAGAUGAAGAAAUCGUCGUUGAAUCUAAUGCAAGGUAGGCGGUGGGGUCAAGUGAAAGUUUCGAAGCUGAAAUUCAUGGGGUUGGAUGUUAAAGGAGGCGGGAUAGGGUCGAGCAAAAAGAAGGCUAAGAAGCGGACUUGCCCUUCUCAGAGGGAUAGUAUUUAUGAUAUAAGAUCAUUUAGGAAAGGGUCCAUAAGUGCCAAUGUUUAUAGGGAAUUAAUCCGAAGAUGUAUGGCAAACAUCGAUGAAACCCUUAAUAAGGAACAGCCCCCGAUUAUCGACCAGUGGAAAGAGUUCCAGAACACCAAAUCCUGUCAACGGGAGCCCAUCGAGAAAUCCUCGACGAAUAACGAGGAAGAGUUGUCAGAACUCGAUAUGCUUUGGAAGGAAAUGGAACUUGCCUUGGCAUCAUGUUACCUUCUUGAUGACACCGAGGAUACAAACUUAAAAUCUGCCACUGAACUUCACAUGGCAACUAAAAAGGGGACACGAGUUUGUCAUCAUGAUUUUCGACUCAAUGAGGAAAUUGGACUCGUGUGUCGACUAUGUGGCGUUGUGAGCACCGAAAUUAAGGAUGUCCCCCCGCCCUUUAUGCCUUCAACGUGCUCGAGUUCAGGGAAAGAGCAAAGGCCCGAGGAAGUUGUUAUGGAGGAGAAGCAAGGAGAUGAUGCUGAUCUCGAUCAUUUUGCUAUCCCGGUUUCUUCCAACAAGCCUUCAUCGGAGGUCGAAGUGGAAGACAAUGCGUGGGCGUUGAUACCCGAUCUCAGGAACAAGUUACGUGCUCACCAAAGACGAGCCUUCGAGUUCUUGUGGAAGAACAUUGCGGGGUCUAUAAUCCCGACCCAAAUAGACCCCGAGAGCAAGAAAAGAGGGGGGUGUGUCAUUUCUCAUUCCCCUGGAGCUGGUAAAACUCUGCUCAUUAUUGCUUUUCUCGUGAGCUACUUGAAGCUAUUCCCGGGGUCACGCCCUCUCGUCCUUGCCCCGAAAACGACUCUCUAUACGUGGUACAAAGAGAUAAUCAAGUGGAAGAUUCCAAUCCCGGUGUACCAAAUACACGGUGGCCAGACUUAUAAAGGUGAGGUUUUGAGGCAAAAGAUGAAGUUAUGCCCGGGGCUUCCCCGCAACCAGGACGUCAUGCACGUCUUGGAUUGCCUCGAAAAGAUGCAGAAGUGGCUCGCCCACCCGAGCGUUCUUCUCAUGGGCUAUACCUCGUUCCUAACGCUCACACGAGAAGAUUCAACCUAUGCACACAGGAAAUAUAUGAACCAGGUGUUGAGGCAGUGCCCGGGGAUCCUUAUACUAGACGAGGGGCACAACCCGAGAAGUACUAAAUCGAGGUUAAGGAAGGCUUUAAUGAAAGUUAACACGAGUCUUAGGAUUCUGCUGUCCGGGACAUUGUUCCAGAACAACUUCGGGGAGUAUUUCAACACGCUUUGCUUGGCAAGGCCGAGGUUUGUUGAUGAGGUGUUGAAGGAGCUUGAUCCUAAGUACAAGAAACGAGUAAAAGGUGCAAAAACUCGGUUUUCAUUGGAAAACCGAGCAAGAAAGAUGUUCAUUGAUAAGAUUUCGAAGAAGAUUGAUUCGAGUAAGGAGAGGGAAAGGAAGGAAGGUCUAAACAUAUUGAAGAAGCUAACCACUGGAUUCAUAGAUGUUUACGAAGGUGGAAGCUCUGAUAACCUUCCGGGUCUACAAUGUUACACGUUGAUGAUGAAAUCGACGACUCUCCAACAAGAAAUCCUGGUGAAACUCCAGGAUCAAAGGCCUAUCUACAAAGGCUUUCCUCUCGAACUCGAGCUCCUCAUUACUCUCGGGGCAAUCCAUCCGUGGUUAAUCAGAACGACAGCGUGUUCUGGGCAGUACUUCAAGGAAGAGGAGCUGGAGGCUCUCGAGAAAUUCAAAUUCGACCUUAAGUUAGGCUCGAAAGUGAAAUUCGUGAUGAGCCUGAUCCCUCGUUGUCUCCUCCGCAAAGAGAAAGUCUUGAUCUUUUGCCACAACAUAGCUCCCAUCAAUCUGUUUCUGGAGAUUUUCGAGAGGUUCUACGGGUGGCGCAAAGGCAUAGAAGUGCUGGUGCUUCAAGGCGACAUUGAGCUUUUCGAGAGAGGGAGGGUGAUGGAUAAAUUCGAGGAGGUAGGGGGGCCUUCGAAAGUAAUGUUGGCAUCCAUUACCACUUGCGCUGAGGGGAUCAGCUUGACAGCAGCAUCUCGGGUAAUAUUACUGGAUUCGGAAUGGAACCCUUCGAAGAGCAAACAAGCCAUUGCCCGGGCCUUUCGCCCCGGGCAGGACAAAGUGGUGUACGUGUAUCAGCUCCUGGCAACCGGGACGCUGGAGGAGGAGAAGUACAAGAGAACCACAUGGAAGGAAUGGGUUUCUAGUAUGAUAUUCAGCGAAGAUCUCGUGGAGGAUCCUUCUCACUGGCAAGCUCCCAAGAUUGAAGAUGAACUUCUCGGGGAGAUUGUGGAGGAGGAUCGAGCCACAUUGUUCCAUAUGAUCAUGAAGAACGAGAAGGCUUCCAAUAUGGGAAGGCUUCAAGUGUGACGUCGACAAUCCUAUCCAGAGGUGGCGGUAAUGAUCAAGAACCAUAUUCUUCCCCUCCCACCCCGCGGUGGGAAAGGUCGUUGGCUUCUUCUCAUGACCUCCAAGUUUAUGGGUGGACCCUUAAAAGUAUCGGUUUCGUUGUUCUGGUAUGCUUUAUCAACUGCUCUCAAUAAACCAUUCUCAUGUGAUGAGAAUGUUGUGCUAUCUAUCUGUAGGUUUAAUUUUCUGUACUAAUGAGUGGAGGAUGUUUCAUUUUAAUGUUGAUCAUCAAGACUGUUGUUAUGUGUACUAUGUAAUGAACUCAUAAUGGUGUGUAUUGUGUAACAUAUUUUAUCAUUAAGAUUGAGACUGCAUUUA